UGGUGUUUUGUUUACAGACAAGAUGGCGGCCCGCUGGAGCAGCGAGAAUGUGGUGGUGGAGUUUCGGGACGCUCAGGCCACCGCCAUGUCAGUGGACUGUCUGGGCUCCCACGCCGUGCUGUCCGGACGUCGCUUCCUCUACAUGGUGAACCUGGAGGAUCCGUCUGAACCUCCGCGGAAGAUCGGCCGCCACAGUAAGUGGGACGUGGGGUCGGUCCAGUGGAACCCCCACAGGUCAGAGGCCCACGUGUUCGCUGCCUCGAGUAACCAGAGGGUGGACCUGUACUCAUGGAGGGACGGCUGUGGAGAAGCUCAGACAUCCCUGCAGGGACACACCCGCGUCAUCAGUGAUCUGGACUGGUCCUGGUUUGAACCUGAGUUCCUGGUCACCAGCUCCGUGGACACAUACAUCUACAUCUGGGACACCAGAGACACCAGGAAACCCACGGUGGCCUUGUCCGCUGUAGCCGGAGCGUCUCAGGUGAAGUGGAACAGGAAGAACCAGAACCUGCUGGCGUCCAGUCACGAUGGAGACGUUCGCAUCUGGGACAAAAGAAAGCCGAACACAGCGACCGAGUACGUUGCUGCUCAUCUGUCCAAGAUCCACGGCCUGGACUGGCACCCAGACCACGAGUUCAUCCUGGCCACGUCCAGCCAGGACAACUCAGUGAGGUUCUGGGAUUACCGACAGCCCAGGAAGUACCUGAACAUCCUGUCCUGUCAGGUCCCAGUGUGGAAGGCCAGGUACACGCCGUUCUCCAACGGUCUGGUCACCGUCAUGGUUCCUCAGCUCAGGAGAGAGAACAGCUUGUUGUUGUGGAGCACGCUGGACCUGAACAGCCCCGUCCACGCCUUCGUGGGACACGACGACGUGGUGCUGGAGUUCCAGUGGAGGCCCCAGAAAGAAGGAUCCAAGGACUACCAGCUGGUGACCUGGUCCAGAGAUCAGACCCUGAGGAUCUGGAGGGUCGAUCCUCAGCUACAGAAGCUGUGUGUCAGUGACGUAGGGGAGGACCUGAUGGAGGGACUGUCUCUCACUGUGGAGACUGAGAAGGCGUCGUCUCAGGAGCCUGAAGGCCACCACGGUGGGGGUCCUGCUGUAGACAACCUGCUGGAUCAGGACGGCUCUCUGGCCUCUGGAGGGGGUCAGGACUCGGCGGCAGGUUCAGGUCUGGCUCAGACUCUGCAGCAGGAGUUCUCUCUGGUCAACCUGCAGAUCAGGAACGUCAACGUGGAGAUGGACGCCAUGAACCACAGCUGUGUGGUGUCCGCUCACUUCGGCAGCCAUCAGGUCCACCUGGUGGUCAAGUUCCCUGCUCAGUACCCCAACAACGCCGCGCCCACCUUCCAGUUCGUCUCCCCGACAACCAUCCCCUCCUCCAUGAAGACCAAGAUCCAGAAGAUCCUCAGAGACACGUCGGUCCAGAAGGUCAAGAGGAACCAGAACUGUCUGGAGCCGUGUGUCCGACAACUCGUGUCCUGUCUGGAGUCUGAUAUGACACAGGAAGACAACCCGUCCUCUGGUCCCUUCGUCCUGUCCAACCCGGUCACCCCGUCGCUGCAGGCAUUUCCUCGCGUCACCAACACCUACGGCUCCUACCAGGACGCCAACAUCCCGUUCCCUCGGACGUCCGGCGCUCGGUUCUGUGGCACCGGCUGUUUGGUUUACUUCACCCGACCAAUCACCAUGCACCGCUCUGCCCCGCCCACAGAGCCCACACCCAGGUCGCUGUCGGCGCUGUCGGCCUAUCACAGCGGCGUCCUGACCCCCAUGAAGAUGCGUUCAGAGUCUCAGAGCACGCUGCGUCUUUACAGCGGCAGCCCGACUCGCUCCGACAAAGACACCGUCUCCAUCUCCUCCUUCUACUACAAAGAACGGAAGCUCCCAAUCUCUGCCUCUCGCCGCUGGUCUGUCCAAACCCUCCAUGAUUGGCCGAAGUCCCGUCGCUUUAAGACCAAGAGAGAAGGAGCAGAGGGGAGUAACCGUCCCAUCAAACUGGCCGGGAAAGUCAUCAUCCAGGAGACGUCCCGUCUGCUGCCUGUCCACAAGACCCUGGGAGACAGCUACACCCUGAACAUGAACGACGUCCAGGACACGUGUCAGAAGAACGCGGCGGCGGCACUGGCGGCCGGACGCAGAGACGUGGCCAAGGUCUGGGCCCUGGCGUCUGCAGCCACCAGCCAGGACCUGAGUCCAGACUCAGACCCGGACACGGAGACACCCUGGGCCAGACACCCGUUUGGACGCCACCUGCUGGAGACUCUGUUGGACCACUACAGUCAGAUGAGUGACGUUCAGACUCUCGCCAUGAUCUGCAGCGUGUUCAGAGCUCAGGCUCCGCCCCCAGACUGCUACGCCCUGUAUGGACACCACCCUGCUCGCCCCUCCAUGUUGCCCCCCCACCAUUCCAGAUAUCCCAGCUUCACCUCCAGCUCCGUCACCUCCGGCUCCUGCUCCAGUACGUCAGACUCCAUCAGCGCCUGGAACCCAGGAAGAGACUCGGAGCUCGUUAACCCCUGGGGAGAGUCCUCCCCUGACGACUAUCGCCAUGGAAACCAGGUCUACACAGACCCACGGGAACGAGAGAGGGAACAACACGACAUGAACAAGAGGUUGCUGGACCCGUCCAACACGCUGCAGUUUGACGAGUUCAAGAAGACUUACGGUGAAAUCUUGUAUCGUUGGGGUUUGAGAGACAAACGAGCCGACGUCCUCAAGUUUGCCUCCUGUCCUCCUGAGCCCCACAAAGGCAUCGAGUUCGGUGUGUACUGCUGCCAUUGUCGCAGUCAGGCUCGUGGGACUCAGUGCGCCGUCUGUAAGCGUCUCACCUUCCAAUGCUCCAUCUGCCACGUGGCCGUCCGAGGUUCGUCCAACUUCUGUCUGAACUGUGGACACGGAGGACACACCAGUCACAUGAUGGACUGGUUCCGGAGGCAGGACGAGUGUCCCACAGGCUGUGGCUGCCACUGUCUCCUACAGAGCACCUUCUGAUGGGACAGGACCAGGAGCUCUGAGACGUCCUGUCCGUCAUGAAGGAACAUUUAAGUCACUUUAUUUUCUCUUGUUUUACGUUGAAAUGGAAUCAAAGUGUUUGAAGGUUCAGAUCAACCUCCAGAGACACGUCCUCAUACGAGGACACAGGGAUUAUUUCACUGUUUAAUAAAGUCACCAGUGUCCAACUAA